GCACUAAGCCUGGCCCACAUUAUUAAAACCAGCGACAAAAGACAACCGAAACCGGGCGCAGGACUCUCGGAAAGCCCAGAAACUGGGUCCACGCUCCAUUUAACAGACUCCAGGAGGCGAUGGCUGAACCUGAACCCUUGGCGGCACUCAGCACGUGAUUUGCAUACACUUAGGCUGGAGGCUGGCAGCACCCAGUCCAAGCAUCUGGCCCACACUAAUUACAUGCCAAAUGAAAAGUUGGCGGAAGCAAACAAAAAAUUUGGGGAAACCAAAUAUAUAUAAACAGGAAAACAGCAGGAAUUAAAUGUGCGUUAAAUUGCCAAUAAACAUGGCCUGCAUCUCAAUGGGCCAAGUAAAGCGAAAGGGUACCCAAAAAGUGGGCUUAAAAAUGUAGCUUAGAAAAAAAAAUAGAUUCCAUAAUAUUUUCUAGUACAUCUAGUUAGUUCCAGCGCUUUGGUGAAAAGCGGGCCUUGCCUUUUGUGCUGGGAGUUUCGGGAAACUCAUAGAGCUACUUUUCAUUCCCACAACGGCAGUCACAUCGAAAACGCACCCGUCCAAAUUUUGUACUUGAAAAAAAAAACAUCGUUUCAAGAAAUAUUUGUUUUUUAAUUCUCUUUUGAUUAUUAUCUUGUCGAAAUGGAAACUGUGCGAAACCGAAACCCUCCGCGGGUGAAGUACACCGCUCCACAGAAGGCGGAACCGGUCUUGAACUUCACCGAGAAGGAGAAGAAAACCAUUACCGAGCUGAAGCAGCUCUACUUGGAGACCAUUAACCUGGAAGUGGCUCUGCAGCGCGACAUUUACAAUAUCGAGAAGAAGUACGAGGAUAAGCACAACAUCAUAUUUGAUAAGCGCAAGAAGAUUCUAGACGAGUUUAGGAAGCAAAACCACGGUGACGUGGAAACCACUCAGAGCGUGCCCAACUUUUGGCUGAGGGUUCUCAAAUCAUCGUACACCGAGUUCAUCAGCAAGAGGGACGAGAAGAUAUUAGAGUGCUUAAGCGACAUCCGUUCUCGGCUCUACAACGAACCCGUGGUGAAGUUUGACAUCGAGUUCCACUUCGAUCCCAAUGAUUACUUUACCAACACGGUGCUGACCAAGACAUAUUUCCUCAACUGCCUGCCGGAUCCAGACGAUCCGCUCGAAUACGAUGGCGCCGAGAUCUACAAGUGCGAGGGCUGCGUCAUCGACUGGAAGCAGUCCAAGGACCAGACCAAAACCGAAAUUCAAGAGCCGUCGUUCUUUGAGUUCUUCUCGCCGCCCCUUUUGCCGGAAGAUACCCUUGACCCCAACUACUGUGACGUCAAUGCUAUGCUCCAAAAUGAUUUUGAGGUGGGCUUCUACCUGAAGGAGCGCGUGAUUCCCAAGGCGGUGAUGUUCUUCACCGGCGAGAUUUCCGAUUGCCAGAGCUCCAGCGGAUCGGAGACCGGGUCGGACGAUACCGAGGACGAGUCGGAGGCCGAAGAGGAGGAUGGCGUCGACAAGUAAACAUGAAAAGCGUUCAGUUUUACACUGUUUUUAUAGUUUAUAUACAUUUUUAACUCGAGACACCGAACUAUUGGCCUGUCCUUACGCGCUACAUACCAACCAAAUAAACAUUUCAUUAUACAUAUUUACCAAAAGGA